GCAGUAGCGCGCAUGUCUGUGACGUCUCACACAUGUGCAAACAGGGCGCCAAAUUCAGUGAACAACAAUAGUUACCAACACCACCUUGGAAACCAGACAUGGGGCUUCUGGAACGUUGUCGAGAAUUGUUCGGGACUACAGAUCUUUAUGGAGUUCUCGGAAUCUCAAAACAAGCAAAUGAUUCAGAGAUUCGUCGCAGUUAUUACAAAGUAUCCCUUCAGGUACACCCAGAUCGAGCUUCCGAUGACGCGCAAGCCACCGAGAAAUUUCAAGUUUUGGGACAGUUGUAUGCGAUUCUGAACGACAAUGAGCAGAGAGCGGUUUACGACGAGCAGGGCAUUGUUGAUGAGGAAAAUGACUCGCUGGGUCAGAACCGCAAUUGGGAAGAUUACUGGAGGUUAUUGUUUCCCAAGAUUACAGUUCAGGACAUAAGUGACUUUGAGAAGAACUAUAAAGGCAGCGAGGAAGAGAGGCAGGACUUGAUGAAGAAGUACCGGCAGCAUGAAGGCGAUAUGGAUGCCAUCACAGCCGCGGCACUGUGCUGCACUCAAGAGGAUGAGCCCCGAAUAGUCAGUGUCAUUCAGGCGGCCAUAGACAAGGGAGAGGUCCCUGCCUACUCCGCGUUCUCGCAGGAGAGCGAACAGAAGAGGAAAGCACGCAAAAAGAGGGCUGAAAAGGAGGAACGAGAAGCAGAAGACUUGCAGAGAGAUAUGGGACUGGAUGCUGAAGACAGUCUAGUCAUGAUGCUAAAGCAAAGGCAGAAAUCAAGGGAGCAAGGGUUCAACUCGUUUCUCGCAGACCUGGAAACGAAAUACUCAAAACCGGGAAAAGCCAAGGGUGGAAAGAAAGGAAAGAAGUGAAGACAGUCUCUGGUCCGAGAGUAUAUAUGACAUGGUUUUACCUUGAUGGUGAUAACUGGCAUUCAUGGAGAAAUGACUUACCCAGGGUUUCAUUGACAUAAAACAUAUGUUAAUGUUAACACUCUAUACUCAUAUUAAUUACAUGCAUACAUUGUACAAGAUGAGUUAUGUGCUUGUGUGAAGGGGUCCAUAAUGUCAGCAUGUUAAUGUACAUUUCGU